CAAGGGCAGCCAUUUUGUCCGGAGCUUUGACGGAGAGAAGCGGUUGCGCGGUACAUUCGGAGUUUGAGCUCAUAUUGUCGAAGUGACCCCGGUGUUGCGAUACUGAUUUUAUUUUACGGCAAAAGCGGAAACUCUUGAGAGAAUAUGAGGGGAAGCUUCAUGGACCGGGGCCGUGGCGGACAUGGGGGAGCCCGCUUUACAAAAUUUGGAAACCCAGGAGAGCGUCUUCGCAAAAAGCGCUGGGACCUAAGUGAGCUUCCAAAGUUCGAGAAGAAUUUUUACUCUGAACACCCGGAGGUGGCGCGCAUGGCACCACAUGAAGUGGAUGAAUUACGCCGAAAGAAGGAAAUUACUGUUAGAGGGGCAACUUGUCCUAAACCAGUGUACACAUUUUAUCAAGCAAACUUCCCACAGUAUGUCAUAGACGUUCUUUUGGAUCAACGUUUUAAGGAACCCACUCCCAUCCAGUGCCAGGGAUUUCCUCUUGCACUGAGCGGACGGGACAUGGUUGGCAUUGCACAGACUGGAUCUGGCAAAACUCUGGCGUAUCUACUGCCUGCCAUGGUGCACAUUAACCAUCAGCCUUACCUGGAGCGAGGAGAUGGGCCAAUAUGUUUAGUUCUGGCACCAACCAGAGAGCUGGCACAGCAAGUGCAGCAAGUUGCUGACGACUAUGGAAAGACCUCAAGACUUAAGAGCACUUGUAUCUAUGGAGGGGCACCCAGAGGACCACAGAUUAGAGACCUAGAGAGAGGUGUGGAGAUCUGCAUUGCCACUCCAGGCCGACUUAUUGACUUCCUUGAAGCUGGAAAGACCAAUCUACGCCGCUGCACUUACCUAGUGCUAGAUGAGGCUGACAGAAUGCUGGACAUGGGCUUUGAGCCACAAAUUCGCAAGAUUGUUGAUCAAAUCAGGCCUGACAGGCAGACGCUCAUGUGGAGUGCAACAUGGCCAAAGGAGGUGCGGCAGUUGGCAGAAGACUUCUUGAGAGAUUAUGUCCAAAUUAACGUGGGAAACUUGGAACUUUCUGCCAACCAUAACAUUUUACAGAUUGUAGAUGUGUGCCAGGAUAGUGAAAAGGAUCACAAGCUGAUCCAGCUCAUGGAGGAAAUCAUGGCGGAAAAAGAGAAUAAAACUAUCAUCUUUGUAGAAACCAAACGAAGAUGUGAUGAACUAACACGCAGAAUGAGACGUGAUGGGUGGCCGGCAAUGUGUAUCCAUGGUGACAAAAGCCAGCAGGAGCGUGACUGGGUGCUAAAUGAAUUUCGCUCUGGGAAAGCUCCAAUCCUCAUUGCCACAGAUGUUGCGUCUCGGGGUCUAGAUGUGGAAGACAUCAAGUUUGUCAUUAACUACGACUAUCCGAAUAGCUCUGAGGACUAUGUGCAUCGCAUAGGUCGUACAGCCCGUAGUACUAACAAGGGUACAGCUUACACCUUCUUCACUCCUGGCAAUAUCAAACAAGCCCGUGAGCUGGUUAAGGUGCUACAAGAAGCAAAUCAGACCAUCAAUCCCAAGCUCAUGCAGCUGGUGGACCACCGUGGUAGCGGAGGAGUUGGCCGCUCCAGAUACCGCACCGUCCAAACUGCUAACAACCCCAAUAUGAUGUACCAAGACGAAUGUAACAGGAGGUUGCGUGGUGGCAAAGAUGGUGGCAGGAGGAAUGGCAGGGGAAAUGCACGGGAUAGUGGAAUGACUAGUAAUGGAUCGGGUAGGGGCCAAAAUCGACAGAACUACAAUUACUCAAACCAAAACACCAACUUUCAAUCAAAUCAAUAUGGCUACGGUCAGGGAAACUUCAAUGCAGCGACAACAGGGAACUAUGGUGCAGCUACAUAUGGCCAGGCUCCACAGCCGCUGAUGUCGCAACCAUUUGCACCGCCUGCUGCCAACAGUUUACUGAACUAUAUGGGUCAGCCCACCAACUACCAGUACCCACCUCCUCCACCCCCACCCCCUGCUUCUCGCAAGUAAAAUCCCUUCACUGGGGUUAACGUUCCAGUGUUCUGUAAAAUAGUUUUUAUCUACCCUUUUCCCCCACCAAACCUUUCAUCUUCCAUUUUAUAAUGCAUCUAAAGAAAUUGUGUAACUUAUAAAACAAGGCUACCAAAAGAAAGAAAGAAAAAGUUUAUAAGAUCUCUGCUUCUUAUAAGCCUGCUAAGGUCUUAAGGGCAGUGACUAGUAGUCUGUACAUGGCAUCUGAAAGGCAAACCCAUUUCAAUGUGUCUUGAAUUUUUUGUUUAUAGAAUUUUUACUGAUUGUUUUGUAAUUUUAUUUUUAUUUUUGCAACCCAAACGUGACUUUUUUUUUUUUUUUUUUUUUUUACAUAUUUGGAAGACUCAUUUUCAUUUGAAACUUUUUUUUUUUUUUUUUUUAUUUUUUGUCCAGUGAGAUGUUCCAGGUAGGUAACUAAAUACAUUUUUUUUUUUUUUUGUCCUGCCUUUUAAAUUUUUAAUUACACAGUAUUCAUAGUUAGAUGCUUUGUUUCCUUUAUGCCAAAUUUUACUUUGCUUUUCAUUAGAAGCCAUAGUUUGUGCUUCUUUGGCCAAUGGUGUCUUUAUAAUACCAUUUUGAUGUCUCAACUUGUAGGAGAGAGAUUGGCCCUUCUAAAUCUCCAUGUAUAUAUUUUUUUUUUAUAUCACUUAGGUUGCUAUGUAUUUAAAGUAGCAUCAUGAUUUUUGAUUCUGAAGCUCAGUGUUACUUUUGUCCUGCACUCUGUCCAUGUUCUUGUAUAUUUCAUGACCCCCAUCCUUACACACUCAGGAGAAAAAUAAGUUGCAUUCACAGAUCUUCAGAUAUUUGAUAGGCCUGUCAUUUCGAGGAUUUAUACAAAUUCCACAAGUCCGGAUUUGUGGCUUUGAUACUAUCUGACUAAUUUUGUACAUAUAAAUAAAAGUUGAAAAUGCACAAAA